AUGGCUGCUGUGGCGCCAGACAAGGCGAGCGAGAGUUUCUUGAGAACUCUCAAGGUGAACCAAGUUGCCACGGCCUUCUACGGGUUCUUCAAGCAACCCAACAACCGCCGCCUGGAGGGUGGGCCGAAUGUGGAGAACAUCCAAGAGCACCUGGUCAAGGAGUACAAAGCCCUUGGCGAGCCAGCCAAGAACAUGCACGUGUUGGAGAUUGUGAAGAACACAGAAGUCGAGUUGUCAAGAAACUUGUCCUUCGAGAUCCACCAGGACAAGAACAGCCAAUGGAUCACAGAGGGGCGCAACUCGAUAUGGCUGCCAGAGCUCACAGGCGGCAAGUGGAAGGACACCAUUCUGAAAGACCGGAACACAUUUGUUCCAUUUGCACAGCAUGAGAACGGUGAAGUCAGGCCUUGCAUAAGCUUCUUUCAGAACGACGACGAUUACACGGCCCGCCCCAAGACCGUUUCGGAGGCAAUAGCGUGUCCGGACCUUGUCAGCAUGAAGGAUGAGGCCCCGAAGCCCCCGUCGACGCCUGGCGCAAUGCCCCUUCGAGGAAUGCGCGGCACAGGACCUGCGCCUCCGCCACCGCCAGAGGAUUCAUCCGAGAAGAUUGACCCUCCGGCCUACCCCCAGACGCUGAACGGCUACUGCAUGGACAAGGGCCUUGACCAGGUAUUCGUGCACCCAGAGGACGACGUUUGGGACAUCCGCGUCUUGCCGGGUGAUUGUGACGACUGGUGCCUCUAUGAGAAGGAGGAGACCCACAAGCUCUAUGCAGCCAGUGCCUCGGGCCAGCCGGAUGUGAAGCCCAUCUGGAUUGCGAAACUUUUCAAGUUGAAAUCUCCCAACGACGUGGAGCAUGCGCAGAAACUCAAGGCGGAGCAAGAGAAGAAGGAACUGUUGCAGAAGCAGCAGAAAGAGGCGGAAGAGGAUGAGCGAGAUAAUGAGCGACUGGAGAAGUACCGCAGCAUUCUCGCGGCCGACAUGAAGAAGACAAUGGAAGCAGAGCUUGAAGGUUUCAAAGUGCAGUUGGAGAAGGAGGCUAAACUCAAGUUGGCAGCUGAUCAAGAGGCCCUGAAGGAAGCAUACGAGCGCAAGUUGCAAGGUACAGCCGGCGAAGGCAACGACCUUGAGAAGACGAAUCCCGAGGAAGCUGGCGUCAUUGCAGCGCCAGCGGAGCCGGCUGAUCCGAAGCCAGCUGCCGAUCAGAAGGAAGAGGUGACGUCCUCGCCUGUCAAGAAGGACGAGCAGGCACCCCCGGAUGACAAGAAGGCGGAGUUUCUCAAGAAGAUGAACGCCGCAGCCAAGCCCGAUGCCGCGGCCAAGAAGGAGGCAACCCCAGCUUCGCGAAAAGCUCAGAAGGUGACCCCGCCAAAGUGCAACCAGUCUGCAUUUAGUCGUUGUUGCUCCUUGCCCUUCGUUCGUGGCUGGCCCCACCCAUUUCCCUUUCAGGGACGGGGUCCGGCGCCCAUUGGCGCCCAUUGGGCCCCAUUUGGCCCCAUUGGGCCGCAUCGGGGGGCCCCCAAUGGGCCCCAAUGGGGCCCAAUGGGGCCAAAUGGGCGCCAAUGGGCGCCAAUGGGCGCCAAUGGGCGCCAAUGGGCCGGACCCCACCCUCCCCUGUGA